CAUAAAGAGAAUGAGUACUGAACAUAUAAAUAGGACACUAGGAGGCGACGGCUUCUUUUUUCUACUAAAUAUUCCUAUAAAGUGCAACACGAUUGUGGUGGUGUUUUCAGAAUUGUGCAUUUCGAAACAAGAACUCGAGUACAUCGGUUUCCAAUUAGCUUUCAGUUUGGUUGCAAGGUUCCGUAUGUUUGUCCUGAAUUUUGGGUUCUUCUUUGCGAAUAGUUUUUACGAAUUUUCCGAGGCAACAGCGGAUGACAAGACUAUUUCGACAGAUGCAAAUGAGGACAGAGCCGACAAUCUUGCUAAACAGCCAGGUUAUUCAAAAAAUGCAACAGCAUAUAUUGAUAAUCAGACGAAUGACACUACAAGUAUGUUCAUAAAUAACGACAAUAUGACAAGUCAAAAUGGAAGAACGAUAGAUGAUUUGAAUACAACCGAUGCUAUUGAGAACACCGGCAAUAGUUAUAAGGAAAAGACGGGGUUAAAUACAAAUACAAAUGCUUAUAACGAUUUACCUAAAGGUCCACCUGAUGGCAAAGCACUUAAAGCCGAAUGUUGUUUACAUAAGAAAGAAGAUAAUAAUUCGCCACAUGGCAAUAAUAAAUCUUCCAAUCAAGAUGUGCUUAGGAAGAAAACCGGUCAAACAGAUUGUCGGAAAUUGAUUUUCGUAGGAUUUCAGUUGAUUUCAGAACCGGAAAAACAAUAUCAAGAAAGCGAUAAAUCAAAAGAAAAUUAUUUCCAGACAAAAUCCUUAGGAAAAACCUGGAUCUGUGGACCUGAUGAAAGCCACGGAAAAAAUCCCUUGGUCGAUAUCCCUGUAGGUCUAUCUGAUACGGAAGAACGUUUGCAAGAAUCAAGUCCAAUAUACAACGUUGUUUCGAACUUAGUAGGUACAAAUCAAAGAACUUAUAAUUCUAUUGCAAAUAAGAAAAUGCGUUCGAUGUGUGAACAAUGUCUUAUGUCGAAAAGUGAAAUGAGAAGCAAAGUAAACGUGUCUAUAAAGUCAAAUCAUGAGGGAAUUCCCGUGGAGGAAGAUGACGGAAAAUAUUUACCAACGGAAACAACAGAUUGUCUUGUUAUUAAAAUACUUUCGUCAAAAUUUAUAAACAAUGCACCGUCCAAGAAGACGAAUUUAUACGCCUCGUGGGACACAUCAAAUUUACGUUGCAUUGUUUUCAAAGACACGCCAACUCCAAAGGAUGUAUCAUUGUAUCCAUUGAAUGAGUUGAGAAAACACGAUAAAAAAGAGUCGAGAAAAAUUAUAACUGAACAUGCCCAUGCCCAUGCAACACACAAGGUAUUGAAUGAUUUUAAAUUCGAGACUAAACUUUCAGAACAAAUGUCAGUAGAGCAAGAAGUUAAGCAAAUUAUUAACCACUUAGGCUGUACAUGCGCACAAGGCCCACGAGAAUUAUUCCUCUUACCCCUUAUGCGUGGAGAAGAGGUAGAUGACCCAGUCGAACAGCUGCAGCGGAUUGUUGACACAACUGUGAGAGGUGAACCGGUCCCCCCUCAAGAAAGUAUGCGCUUUGAACUUCUGAGGAGUUGCACGUAUAGGAUGUUUCCAAAAGAUGGUAAGCCCGAUGUCAGGAAAUAUGCUGAGGCUGGCUUUUACUACGCAUCGAACAGUGAUGAAGUUAUUUGCUAUUGCUGUUAUAAACGUAUAAGCAACUGGAAAGCAGACGACGAUCCGAUCGCUGUACAUCGCAAUAUCUCACCAACAUGUCGCUUUCAUAUCGACAAUUCGACCGUCAAUGUAGCAAAGGAAGUAACAGCACACGUCGAGACAGAAAUCAUGGCACAAAUUCAAGGCGGGCGUCAAAGAAAUAUCCCACCACAUAGUUCACUACUUCCAACAAGUCAGAAUGCACCAAGACAAACAAAUGUACCAAAUGUUACCAUGUCCCAACGUGGCGACACCUCUUUACCCGAGUAUCAGCCACCAGUAAGUACACGAGAAUUAGCGAAAUAUCAAUCCAUGAUGCCACAAAUGUCGCGUUGUGAAACCGCCUCAUCAUGUAGACCGCAGUUCCAGACAGGCAUUUCAGUGCCUCAAGACAACUUUAGGAUUCCUGUGAUCAACACAAAAGCAGUGCAGCCAUCAGAGGAUGAAGCAGAACAAGUGCAACCACAACAAUCACAGAAACUGGAAUCAUUGAUGCGGUCGGACGCCUCUGCCAUUGUUCAAAGCAUGGGCUACGAUGCAUUGAUAGUUAGACAAGCAUUAUCCGAUUUGCUUGAAAAGGGUGAAACGCAGCCCGAUGCCCAGGCAAUAAUGAAUGAAAUCUUCCAAAUCGAAGAUCGAACAUAAAUGCUUGACGCUAUAUAAUAUCGACAAUUUUAUCGUUUCCUAUUUUCUUUGCAUUUUCUGUGUGACAAUGUGUGUAGCUUAUGAUAUGUCUUGUUGUACUUGUGCGAGAAGAAUUUUGUUUUGGGUUGCCCAGUAGGGAUAAUUAAGACAUUUAAAACGCGGUUGAUACGGAUACUUAUUAAAAUCACCCAACAAUAUAUAUAAUGGUCUAAUAGAAAAGCUAAUUUCAAUGUUCCCAAAACAUUUAAUUCAUAGGUAUUAAAACUGUAAAUCAUGUGUCAUUAUUGUGUGUGAUACACCAGUUCAUUUUGACUUGUUAGCGGACAUUUUCAUUUUUUUCUCUUUGGAAAAUUAUUUUGAGGUUAUACCUAUUAUGUUAAGAAUAUACUAUUAUGUAUGCAAUAUGUUUCUUUGCAUAAACGGUCUAGAUUGUUUUGAACAAAAUCAAUAGGUACAAGAGAGAAACCUGAUAAAGUGCAAUUAUUGUCAGUGGAUCCAAAAUGUAUAGCAACAUGUGAAAGUAACAUGUGAAAUAGGAUUUAUUGACCAAUUUCUGAUAUCAAACCUAUGGCUAUUCAUUCUGCGGGAAACAUUCUGAUUAGUUUGUCCGACGCAUUGUUUAUUACAUUUUUACAUGUAAUAAAUUAAAUUACAUUGCGCGAAGUACAAUCAACAUCCUAGCGUAAAUCAUACGAUAAACAAAUAACACUACUAUUGGAACUUGAACUUAUGUUUAUAUUAUUGCAAUGUGUACAUCUUGGUCGGUUACAUUGAGCCGAUAAAUGAAUAUCAGUACUGUUAUAAGACACUGAACAUCUUACAAGGCUGUUACGAAUAUUCUUAGGUCUUUUAUAGGCCAAAAUAAGUUUAGUUAAUGUAAAGACUUAACACUUUCCUUGUUUGAUAACCUUAACAAAUCACAGUCUUUGUGUUAAACUUUAGCAAUAUUAGGAAUUGAUGUGUUAAAACAUACAGUAAAUGGUAUUAUUGAAUCAGUAUUUCUCUAAGUAACACAUAAUGCACUUUCCUGUGUCAUAUUUUUCACUUGAGAAAAUCCAUUUUCAAUAACAUUUGUUCGAUAAUUUCUCCUUUUAAAAUAUUCAAAUAAACUAGAUAAGGACUGAUCAAAUACAUCAUCAUCAGAACUAAUACGUCUGUAGCGCUUUGCCUGGCUAUAUGUAAAACUCCGCUUACAGGACAUGGGGUGAGAUGACGUAAAAUCUAAGUAUAAAUGCAUAUUAGUGAGUUAACAAAAAAAAUGUAACCACAGUGUCUAAUUCACUUUUUGAUAUAGAUACAUCAAGGAAAGAUAUACACUGUUGAGAUAUAUUAGAGGUAAAUUUUAUGGUGGAAUGGAAGUUAUUUAAAGUAUUAAUAAAAGUUUUUAAAUCUUCUAAAGAGACAUUCCAUAUCAUAAAAAUGUCAUCCAAAAAUCUAAACCAAAUAUGUGGUUUAGUAGAGGUAUUGUUCUUUCUCAAAUUUACCCCCAAAAAGCAUAACAAUAGUUUGUAAAUAAGUACCAUUAUUGAAAUAAAAACAGUUAUUUCCAAGAACAACUUGCACAAGUUUGCUAACAUCAUCCACAUUAACAUGGUUAUUUAUAGUUUCUUUUCUUAAAAAAAAUAUGUACAAGCAUCUAUUCCCUCACUUUUAUUAUUAAUUUUCUUUAUAAAGAAUACUGUUAAGAAUACUUGUAGAUACUUAUGAAGCACUAAUUUUGAAUUGAAUGCAUUAUCAUUUUAGGUCUGUUCGACAUACUUUUCUUGUAAUACAAAGAAUAAUUUACAGUCUUGCAAUUUUAUUCAUAGCCGUAUAAUAUAUUCAGUGUAAGUAUAAUGUAUAUUAAAAUGAUAUUCUGUAUGUUAAUUAACAUAUUAAACACAGUUAGUGUGAAUGUGCAGUUAAGAUAAAACACAAUUUUUAUGUUCAUUAUUACAGUAAUGCAUAUUAUUCAUGAGUUUCGUUUGUAAUGUUUAAAUUUGCAUUUUGACUGAUAUUGAUACAGAGAUGAAGCCGGUUACAAAAACAUUUACCGGUUAUCCUAUAAAUGUUACCGAUUUAUUUAGCGGAUAACUGAACAACGUAAAACUGUUUAAGCAUACUUUAAACCAUGUCAAAUUGUACGUAAAGGCACUCUGUCUAAAAACGGACGUAAUUUAUGAUCACUUUCUUUGAUUACAUAAGCGGCAAUAUCAUGCUCGUGAUAUAAAGUUACUAUAUAUAAAACCUUUAAUUACAUAGAUUUGAAAAUGUAUGUUAUGCUUUGUAUGUUCUUUUCCGGUCCUAAAGCAUAUGGAUGAGAAAUAAACAAUUCAGUAUGCUAUUUUUGGUGAGGUAGCUUACGUUUGUGUCGAAACGCUGACAGCAAUGUUUGUUAUUUAUAGUUUGUAGUUUAUAAUUUACUAAACAAUAUUGCUUUGUUAUAUUGCCUUUAUUGUAUGUUUUGUGUACUUGGGUGAAAUAAACAAUAAGAUCUG